AGGGAGCGGUGAUGCAGAAGUCAUCUAAAAAUUGGGGCGGGGAAAGGAGGCUACGGUUAGGAAGGCAAACAAACUGCGGAAGUUGUAGCAGACAAGUUGGGAGGUCCGGUAGGUGCCCCCUCCCAAAAGGGAAUGAGCAAGUGCCACGGCAGCAGGACUUUUCCCUUCUCUGAUUCUGGAAGGUGCUAGACAAAAACAUGGAACUAAUUUCCCCGACAGUGAUUAUAAUCCUAGGUUGCGUUGCUCUUUUAUUAUUUCUUCAGCGGAAGAAUUUGCGCGGACCCCCGUGCAUAAGGGGCUGGAUUCCUUGGAUUGGAGCUGGAUUUGAGUUUGGCAAAGCCCCUCUAGAAUUUAUAGAGAAAGCAAGAAUCAAGUAUGGACCAGUAUUCACAGUCUUUGUUAUGGGCACCCGAAUGACCUUUGUUACUGAAGAAGAGGGAAUUAAUGUGUUUCUAAAAUCCAAAGAAGUAAAUUUUGAACUAGCGGUGCAAAAUCCCGUCUAUCGUACAGCAUCAAUUCCAAAGAAUACUUUUUUAACACUGCAUGAAAAACUUUAUAUCAUGAUGAAAGGGAAAAUAGGGACUUUCAACCUAUAUCAACUCACUGGACAACUGACUGAAGAAUUACAUGAGCAACUGGAAAAUUUAGGCAAUAAUGGGACAAUGGAGCUGAGCAACUUAGUAAGGCAUCUCCUUUAUCCAGUCACAAUGAAUAUACUCUUUAAAAAAGGUUUGUUUCCCACAGAUGAGAGAAAAAUCAGGGAGUUCUAUCAGCAUUUUCAAGCUUAUGAUGAAGGUUUUGAGUACGGGUCCCAGAUGCCAGAAUGUCUCCUAAGAAACUGGUCAAAAUCCAAAAAGUGGCUUUUAGCGCUUUUUGAGAAAAACAUUCCAGAUAUGAAAACAUACAAAUCUGCAAAAGAUAAUUCCAUGACAUUAAUGCAGGCUAUGCUGGAUAUCAUAGAGAUGGAAAGAAAGGAAGAAAAGAGCCCCAAUUAUGGGCUCUUACUACUUUGGGCUUCUCUGUCCAAUGCUGUCCCUGUUGCGUUUUGGACACUUGCAUUUGUCUUCUCUCAUCCCACUGUCCACGAGACCAUCAUGGAAGGCAUAGCUUCUGUAUUUGGAACAGCAGGUAAAGAUAAGAUGAAAGUAUCUGAGGAUGACUUGAAGAAACUCCCACUAAUCAAGUGGUGUAUUUUGGAAGCCAUUCGUUUAAGAGCCCCUGGUGUCAUUACUAGGAAAGUGCUGAAGCCAGUUAAAAUUUUGAAUUACACUGUUCCUUGCGGUGACUUGUUGAUGUUGUCUCCGUUUUGGCUGCAUAGAAAUCCAAAGUAUUUUCCUGAACCUGAAUUGUUCAAACCUGAACGUUGGAAAAAGGCAAAUUUAGAGAAGCAUGCUUUCUUGGACUGGUUCGUGGCAUUUGGAAGCGGGAAGUACCAGUGUCCUGGAAGGUGGUUUGCUCUGUUACAGAUUCAAAUAUGUAUUAUUUUAAUACUUUAUAAAUAUGACUGUAGUCUUCUGGAUCCAUUACCAAAACAGAGUCCUCUCCAUUUGGUGGGUGUCCAACAGCCAGAAGGACAAUGCCGGAUUGAAUUUAAACAAAGAAAAUGACAUCUGUUGGGCCUAAAGAGGGCCAGGGCCUUCUGGAAGAGUGAUUGUCCCCAUCCACUAACCUGGCAGCAUCUAGACCUGAGCUCUACUAAAACAUACUGCUUAGCUUUGUUUUAGGAUUUAGUUCAAGAGAAUGUCUAAAUGGAAGGUGGGUUUGGUAACUUCAGAGUAGACCAAGAAUCUGACAGCACUCUCACCGAUACGAGAUCUGAAUACAUGGUUUACCGAAAACGUUUAAACGAUUUAAAUAAGAGACGUUUCCCUAGGAGUUGUAAUUGGGUUUCAUGCAUAACAGUAUUAAAACUUUAAAUAGAAAUAAUGCCACUUGAGUGAAAAUCUUAGUAAACUGUGAAGGCAACAUACUUAAAUUUCUAUUUUGAAAAGGGCUGAAAGUCUUUGACUCUAAGAAAAUAUUAAAUAGUAAUUUCUGGAAAUUUUUUGGUUUUCCUAAUAUGAUUCUCAACUGGCAAUUGGAACUCUUAAGUUCUAUUAAGAUAAUUCUUUAUGGUAAACAGGACUAGUGCUGAAACAAUGAAUAAAAUGAUAGCUUUCUAAGACCUGCGAAGAGAAGGAGCAUGUCUUACACUCGUUCUGUGCUCAGCUACACCUAGGACGACGCCUUCUGUAUAAGGUGUAUUCAGUAAAGGUAUGCUGACUGAUACAUUGAUUUGUAUUUUAAUGAAGGUGAAAGCACUGUUUUGAUUCAAGGCAAUAAUAGUUAUAGGUGAAGAGGUAAUAUUUUUGUGGGUAGAAACACAAAUAAAGUGAUGUCAACGCAAAUAACAGCGUUUGAAUGUACUACUUAGGACUUCUGCCCGAAAUAUUUACUAUAAAACCCUGAAAAGAAAUGCCCCGGGGGAAACAUACGACACUAGUAACAGAAUGAUCAGUGAUGUCAUGAUUUAUCGUCUAAUACUCAGUAUAAUGCUGCUUGCCUCCUUUAUUUCACAAUAAAUAAGCUCUGUGUGCAUGUCGUCUUCUGGAUUAUUUGCUCCCCUGUGCUAGAAUGACCCUGCAGAGUUGAUAAUGAUUGCUUAGUCAUCUAUUUCCAACCAAUGAGCAGAUGACUCCCUAGGAGAAAAUUAAGUACUCUGGAGUGCAUUAACUCUUCCAGACUAAUACAGCGACUCUGAAGCUUAGCUACCAGCUUGCAGCUUAGCUUAGCGGGUUUGGGGUCUAGAAACUGGAGGGGCUGAAGGAAGCAGCUUAGAAGACCUGGCAGGGCCUGCUAACUAUGGCGAGAGUGUUCUUAGGGCAGACGUGUCCUCCCGAACAGCCGAGGCCCACAAUGAAACACUAUUUGCUUCUAAUAUGCACUUCAGCUGAAUUUGCAGCCACUCAGGGCUAGUGUUUAUCUCCAUAUUCUUGCUUGGUAAGGAAAAAUGUUAGCUGGCAAGUGUAUGCGCUUUAAAAAAGAAUGCAGACACAGGAGAUCCAUUGACCUUU